AGGAGGAGCGCACAGCCUGGUGCUGGCCCUUUAAGGAGGAGUCCCGGGAGCGGCGCAGGUAAGGGGCGGGCCGGCGGCGGAGCGCGGCGCGUCGACGCGCGCCCGGGAUCCGGAUUUGGAGCGCGGCGCCGGCGGGGGCCGGAGGGGGCGGCGCGGCGGAGCCUCGGUGGCCUCGGACGCUCCUCCCGGCCAGCGGCCGCCGCCCGACCCCGCCAGCGCCUCGAGCUCUCCUAGCUGGGACCGGCCCCCACUUCCGGCCGCUCUCCUGGGGCGCGCUCACCUGGGAAGCGCUCCCCGCCUCUGGGCGCCUGGGCAGCAGGAUGAAGGACCGGCUGGAGCAGCUGAAGGCCAAGCAGCUGACACAGGAUGAUGACACCGACGAGGUUGAGAUCGCUAUUGACAACACAGCGUUCAUGGAUGAAUUCUUUCAAGAGAUUGAAGAAACUCGGCUCAACAUCGACAAGAUCGCAGAGCACGUGGAGGAGGCCAAGAAACUCUACAGCAUCAUUCUCUCUGCACCCAUUCCGGAGCCCAAAACCAAGGAUGACCUAGAGCAGCUCACAACCGAGAUCAAGAAAAGAGCCAACAAUGUCCGGAACAAGCUGAAGAGCAUGGAGAGGCACAUUGAAGAAGACGAGGUUCGUUCAUCAGCCGACCUUCGGAUUCGGAAAUCUCAGCACUCUGUCCUUUCUCGGAAGUUUGUGGAGGUGAUGACCAAAUACAACGAAGCUCAGGUGGACUUCCGUGAACGCAGCAAAGGCCGGAUACAGCGGCAGCUUGAAAUCACUGGCAAAAAGACAACAGAUGAGGAACUGGAAGAGAUGUUGGAGAGUGGCAACCCAGCCAUCUUUACCUCUGGGAUCAUUGACUCCCAGAUUUCCAAACAAGCCCUCAGUGAGAUUGAGGGUCGGCACAAGGACAUCGUGCGGCUGGAGAGCAGCAUCAAGGAGUUGCAUGACAUGUUCAUGGACAUCGCCAUGCUGGUGGAGAAUCAGGGUGAGAUGUUAGAUAACAUAGAGUUGAAUGUCAUGCACACAGUGGACCAUGUGGAGAAGGCCCGCGAUGAAACUAAAAGAGCUGUGAAAUACAAGGGUCAGGCCCGGAAGAAAUUGAUAAUUAUCAUUGUGAUAGUAGUUGUGUUGCUGGGCAUUUUAGGAUUGAUUAUUGGACUUUCUGUUGCACUGAAAUGAGAAUGGCCUAAGGGGCUGCUGCAUUGAAAUAGCCUGUGUCACUCCAGCCUGGCAUGGCCACCUUGUCUGCAAAUGGGAACGGGCGUUUGAAUGGCCUUCCUGAGAACGAGUGGGAUCUGUUCCUUUGUUUCCUUGUAAGGAUCUCUGGACCUGACUCAGCAAACCGUCUACUCCUGGAGGAGCCUCACCUGCCUGAAGCAACCCCGAGUUUUCCUCAGAAGUACCUGCUGCCCUACCAGCCCGCAAGUGCCUGUCUCCUGGACCAUACGACCCAGGCAGCUUGGGUGUGCCGAAUUACGCCUUGCCCCUUAGAGAGCCCAGGCUGACCCUGUGGCGGUGCUGUGUGUUCUACCUCAUGGAGUAGUCUCCUAGAAAUUUCAGUGUGUGUGUGUGUGUGUGUGUGUGUGUGUGUGUGUGUGUGUUAAGGAGAGUAUCUUUAACAUAGAAGAGGGGUUCUCAGUUUGGAGAACACAAGGCUUGGAUCUGAGUCAUCUGAUGCCAGUGUCCAGUUUGUGGUCCCUAUGUUUCAACACUCAGGGACUGCCAGAUACUAAUUUGGUCUGGGGAGCUAAUCUGUUUGAAAUUCUUAUAUUCAGUUUGGGGCCAACUUUACUCUUUCUCUGUAUUGGAUUCUCAUGUUUACGAAGGAGGGAUCAGGAUGUUGUGGUCAUCUGCAGCUCUCAUUGGUGAAGGCUGAGAGCCUGGGAUACUUGUUUUCAUGUCUGAGGUUUGGAAACUCCUAUUAGAGACUGAUGCUUUGUGAAGCCAUUGCCUUGAGGCUAAAAAUCAGCAGGGAUUUCAAAUUGGGCCAGGGACAAGGUGCUUGAGUCUCAGGCACUCUGGAAAUGUUCAUGAAACUGGUCUGUCACUUUGAUUACGUGGUCACACAUGUUCCAGAAUCAUAUUUAUAACUGUGUGAAAUGUAUGUGCAUGUAUGUGUAUGUCUCAGGAAGUAGGAAACUAGAAGUGAAAGAUAAUAUGAACUCCCCACACUCCCCCCAGAAAACUUUGGCUAAAAAUUACUGUCAGUCACUAUGGGAAUAUAAUCGUCCCAUGUCUCUGGGAAGCUUGUUUUUAGGUGAGGAACGGGAGACUCAGAUGAGAGCUUUGGAGACUUGGUCCCUACUGAGUUUGUCUGCAUGGCAGAGAGAAGGUGUCAUAUUUUGACAUCUCUGCCUACCUGCUGUUAUCUCAUGGCAAAUUGCUUUCAUCCAUCACGUAGUGGAGCUCUGCAGGAUUGACUCAGUUGGGAAAGACCAGUGACUGAAGAG